AGCUGAAGGUACCCCCGUCUUCGAUGGCGGAAGAAGAAAAGCUCUGUAGCUACAAGAAAACCUAAUAGUCUCAUUCCCACCCCACUCGAGAUGUUGUCGUCGACACGCUCACUCCUCUUCCGUCGCCGCCUGCCCCGUCACCUCGUCUCCCUCGUCAGAUCCUCCCCGCUUCCUCCUCGAUCCACCGAUCCAAACGUCCCAUUCGGAUCGAUCGCUCUCCUCUCCACGAGGCUUCGUUCCCUCUCCUCCUCCUCCUCCGGCUUCGGCGAGUCUGGAGGCGGCGGAGAGGGGGAGACCAAGGAUCCCUGGGGUGGUUCCGACCAGCCCCAAUCCUCCUCUUCUUCCUCCUCCGGCGGCCUCGACUGGGGAGAGGCGUCUUCCUGGUCAACGGGGUUGACGAAGGAACAUUUCGAUGGGGAGGCCGUCGGCCGCCAGGUCUCGCCGACGAGCGAGCUGAAGGCGCAGGCGAAGGCGAUGGACGACGAAGAUGAGAUCUUGCGAAUGCUUGAGAAGGACAACAAGGAGAGCAAGGCGUUCGUGAAUGGGUGGAGGGAGCGGUUGAUGGAGACGUACCAUCUCCUGAAGCAGGUGAGGGAGCCCGGGGUCAGGGGGUCAUACCUUAAAGAUUCAGAGAAAGCGGAGAUGUACCGGCUCCAUAAGGAGAACCCGGAGGUGUACACGGUGGAAAGACUGGCGAAGGAUUACCGGAUCAUGCGGCAGAGGGUGCACGCCAUCCUGUGGCUGAAAGAGAUGGAGGAGGAGGAGGAAAAGAAGCGUGGGAAACCAUUGGAUGACUCGGUCGAGAUCUUGCUGGACAACUUCCCCGAGUUUUUCAAUUCCCAUGAUAGGGAAUUUCAUGUCGCCUCUCUUCCGUACAAACCUGACUUCAAGAUCAUGCCUGAGGACUGGGAUGGCACCACAAGAGAUCGUGACGAAGUUCUUUAUGAAAUCUCGGUGAAGGAAGAUCAAAUGCUGUAUGAAGAAUUUGUACAAAAACUAAAUUUCAAUAAGAAAAAAGUUGCUGGGGAGGUAAAAUUCCACAAAUAUAGCAGGCGGCGGCCAUCAGAUGGCUGGAGCUUUACUGUCGAGAAGUUAGGUGUCCGUGAUAAACGUGGUAGUGGUGGUGGUUUUAAAUUUGUUAGCUUGCCUGAUGGAUCAAGCCGUGCUCUGAAUGAAAUGGAAAAGAUGUACGUGAAGAGAGAGACUCCCAAGCGUAGGAGGAGGAUACUUCCUCCGUUCAAGUGACCAUUGCAUCGCUUAUCCUUUUCGGCAAUGCAAUGCUCACUCACUUUUUGGAUUUUCAUCUCUCUCUCAAAGGGGAGGAAAGGCCAUAUGCAUCAGGCAGAAUGUAAAAUGAUGUUUCAGAUGUCGUAUGAAGGAGCUUUAGUUAUACUGUGAAUUUGUUUCCAAUAAUGUCUGGCUGAAUUUGUUUCAGAUAA